UCCUGGCAGACAGUUGGUUCUAAGGCUGGACGGAGGCCGGCAUUCUGGUACUGAGACCCGCUCCUGAUCACUCUUCCUCUAGGCUAGUCCCGCGGAGGGCCCAAGCAGGCCGAAAGGCCCUAGCCUGUGGCUGGCCUCACUCUCCUCACCUGUUUGGUUCGGGUUUCUCUGCCCGGUUUCUCGCAAGAACCCAACUCAGCCAGACCAACCCGAGGCUCCCGUGGCAGCCGGCGGGGCGGCGCGCAGAGCGGCGGACUUCUGCUGUGGGUCUGGCUGGGCCCCGGGGGCAGUGGGCGCAGCCUUCCGCCGGCAGGGUGCGAAGCCCCCUUCGGGUGUCGGGACUCAACGUGGACGACAAUGUCCCACCUGAUCAUUCCAGCCGUCCCCAAAGCACCCGCCAGCUGCCUGGACCUAUGGAGGCAAAAGAAUGACCGGCUUGUUCACCAGGCCAGGCAGCUGGCUCGGGAUACCAGUCCAUCUCUGAGACGCCAGCGGUUGGCUCAAGACAUACUGGAAAAGUUUAGGGGGCUCCUCCACACUCUGCAAGGACUCCCUGCGGCCGUUCCUGCUCUCCCCUUGGAGCUGACUGUCACCUGUAAUUUUAUAAUCCUGAGGGCCAGCCUGGCCCAGGGUUUCCCUGAAGACCUGACCCAGGAUAUCCAAAGGAGCCUAGAGAGAGUGCUGGAGACCCAGAAUCAGCUGGGGCCCAAGUUGGAACAGGGACUCAAAGAACUGUGGAACUCUGUCCUCCAUUCUUCCUCCCUUCUGCCUGAGCUGCUUCCUGCCUUACACUGCCUGGCCAGCCUGCAGGCUGCCCUCUGGCUAAGCACUGACCACCUAGGAGACCUGGCCUUGCUGUUGCAGACCCUGAAUGGCAGCCAGACUGAGGCCUCUGAGAAUCUGCUGCUACUGCUAAAAUCUUGGAGCUCACCAGCUGAGAUGUCAGAUGCCCCAUUAACCCUGCAGAAUGCCUCGGCUUUGAGGGAUGUCGUUUUGACAGCAUUUGCCUACCGCCAAGGCUUCCAGGAGCUGAUCACAGGGAACCUACCCAGUGCAUUGAGCAGCCUGCAUGAAGCGGCCUCAGGUCUGUGUCCACAGCCUAUGUUAGUCCAGGUGUACACAGCACUGGGGACCUGUCUCCGAAAGAUGGGAAGCCCACAGAAAGCCCUGUUAUACUUGACUGCAGCCCUGAAAGUGGGAACAACCUGGGCUCCUCCACUUCUAGAGGCUUCCAGAUUAUAUCGGCAACUGGGAGACACAUCAGCAGAGCUGGAGAGUCUGAAGCUGCUGGCUGAGGCCUUGAGUGCCACUCAUAACCCUGAGGCACCCAAGCUUCUCAUUGAGGUAGACUUGCUACUUCCACAACCUGACCCAGCAUCUCCUCUUCACUGUGGUACACAGAGUCAGGCCAAGUAUCUGCUAGCAAGCCGAUGCCUACAGGCGGGGAGGGCAGAAGAAGCUGCAGAGCAUUACUUGGACUUGCUAGCUCUGUUGCUGGAUGGCUCAGAGCCAAGGGUAGGUGUGUGUUUAAAUUUCUCUCUAAUGAGGUGGGAGUGUGUGGGGUCCCAUUUCUUUUACCCUCUAUUGAUCUGUCUGGGGUACCAACUCUCUCUACAUGGUAGCAGAGUUGGUAAAGAGCUCAGGAAUGGUGGUUCAUGCCACUUCAAGACACUGUACCCUCCUCCCACCCAGUUCUCCCCACCGCCCUCCCCUUCAGGGCCGUGUAUGCCAGAGUUGUUCUUGGAGGCAGCAGCAGCACUGAUCCAGGCAGGCCGACCCCAGGAUGCUUUGACUGUUUGUGAGGAGCUGCUUAGUCGCACAUCAUCUUUGCUUCCCAAGAUGUCCUGGCUGCAGGAAAAUGUCAGAAAAGGAACCAGAAAACUGCCACACUGCCCACUCUGGGUCUCUGCCACCCACCUGCUUCAGGGCCAAGCCUGGUCACAACUAAAGGCCCCGAAAGAGGCACUUAGUGAAUUUAGCCAGUGCCUUGAGCUGCUCUUCCAGGCUGUGCCUAAGGACAAAGAACAAGGGUCAGGCUCCACCUAUGAGGACCUAUACUCCUGCUCAGAUGUGGCACUGCAACAGCUUAGGGUAGCUGCUCUGAUUAGUCGUGGACUGGAAUGGGUAUCCAGUAGCCAGGAUACCAAAGCCUUAAAUGACUUCCUCCUCAGUGUGCAGAUAUGCCCAGGCAAUCGAGAUGGUUCUGUUUACCUGCUUCAGACUCUGAAGAGAUUGGAUCGGAAGAAUGAGGCCACUGCUUUCUGGCGGGAGGCCCAAACUCAUCUGCUGAAGGAAGAAGCUGCAUGGUCUGUUCCGCUGUACUUAGAAACCUAUUUGAGCUGGCUCCAUCCCCCUAACUGUGAAACCCUUCUUGAAGAGUUUCAGACAUCGCUGCUGGAGUCACAUGACCUAUAGCUGCCAUGUUUCCAAGAGCUUGGGCUGGGGCCCUGGUGGACCAUCUCCAUGGGGAGGGCUUUUUUCUGCUUUCCCUCCCUGGGGAACAUAAUUGGAGCUGAUUGUUCCUAAAUAAGUCCUACACUGGAGAGGUUGGUGGUAGUACUGUGAAACUUGGCCUACUUACUGCCAUUCUAGUUCCAGAAUGGUUCUAUGAACAAAUCAUUGCCUUUGCUAGUGUGCUCGUGGUACUCCCCCACCCCCAGUUUCUCCUUUUUUUGUGUUGAGUAAAAUCUCGUAUUUAUCUUA